GCAGAGCAGUCGCCAUUGCGGAGUGGGUGUGGAAGGAUCGCGCCAACUCUUAUUCGCGGGAAUUUCGCUGUUUCUCUGUUCUCGUUGGGGAUCGAGCUUUGUAUGAGGAAAUAAGGUUACUAAUUAAGUGGAACCAUGUGGUCAGGUGCGCCACAAUGGGCAUCGUGGGCCCUGCAGCCCCAGCACUACCAGAAUAUGAAGCCUGAGGAAGCAUCCACAGUUGACUGGGCUGAACUUGCCAAGCAAUGGAUUCAGAUGAAGGAGACAGCACCACAGGAGCAGACCCAACCCCCCCAGGAGCAGAGCCAUCCUUCCCAGCCGGUGGCAAGCUCAGGGCCUGCUCCCCAAGUGCAUCCUCCCGAAGAUGCGGCCGCUGCAGGUGGGGGAGGAGAGAUGGACAUGGAGAUUGAAGACGAUAAGGGACCAGCAGCCAAUGGCUCUGACCAGCAGAAUGGAGAAUCGUGGGGGAGUUGGAAUGGCGAGGGAAACUGGCCACCCACCCACACCACUGGAAUGGGCUGGGGUUGGGGUUGGCCUGUUGACGCAUACUCCCAGAGCAGUACUGCAAAUCAAGACAUAAACGCCCAACAGCAUUAUAGCGGAAAAGAUGGUGAAUAUGGGUGGCCUAUUGUUGGAACAGAAGGAGUGCAGGGAGAGUAUGGGAGGAACGAUCGAAGGGACAGGAGAGGCCGAGAAUUCCAAGUGGGACCAACAUACCCUGACCGCAUGGUGGGCAAGGAGGCUGACUUCCAGCUUGAUGCGGCACAGAGGAAGAAGCUGCCAGCCUGGAUUCGAGAGGGCUUGGAGAAGAUGGAACGGGAGAAGCAGAGAAAGUUAGAGAAGGAAAGGCAAAUGUCUGAGAAAGAGGAGAUGCUGAAGAGAAAGAGAGAAGAGGAAGCCAGAGCACGGCGUAUCCUAGAGGAAGAUCUCGCAAAUGAUGGCAAACCUCGUGUGCCCAGGAAAAGUAAAUUUGACAGUGACAGUGAUAUGUCAGACCAUAGUAGGUCAGCCAGUCCAGAGACUGCGACAACUGGUCUGGGCAUGGCCAGGAAGCGUCGGUCUCGCUUUGCUCCCCAGAACAGCCAAGGGGGGGCAGAAGAAGAUGGGGGCAGUAGAGAGGAAACUGAAGAGAAAGAGGAGGAAGUUAAAAUUAGUAGGAGAAUGCCUUCACCUGAACCUGCAAAGUCAGAAGAGGAGAAGAUGCAAGAAAUGAUGCUAAAAUUGCGACGUUGGAUGACAGAAAUUUUACUGGACGUUACUACAGAAAUGAUGGAGGAGGUUGCAUCAGAAGUGUUGAAUCGUGCUCGUAUGAAAGGUACACCUUUCACUGGUGUCAGUUGUGUGGGCAGGGUUGUUAGUACUGUAGCUCUGCACUGCAGAGCCUGACUCUCAGCAGUCGUUUUGGGAUACCGUAAAGUCAUUAUUCUGCUGAUUCAGUGAGGAAUCUUAAUGCUGAAAAAGAAAUAAUUAAUGAUGUGCUCGUUGGUUGUGACUUUGUGGUCUUUGGAAGGAGCAUUUGUACUUAAAUUCUAAAGCGUAAUCAUUAAUCAAUUUAGAUUCUCAAAGAUGUAAUUCUG